AUGGGUCCUGAGUUGGUUUCUGAGACUGAGGACAAGGUUAGACUGAUUCGAGAUCAUCUUAAGGCAGUUUCUGAUAGACAGAAGUGUUAUUCGGAUUUGAAAAGGAGAGAUAUCGAGUUUUCUGUGGGUGAUCAAGUAUUUCUUGAGCUAGAGGUACCUCUGAAGUUAGAUAGUAUUCACAAUGUAUUCCACAUCUCUUUAUUAAGACGAUAUCGGUCUAAUCCGUCUCAUCUUUUAUCUAUUGAGGAAAUUGAGGUAAGACCAUAUUUGACCUUCGAGGAGAAGCUGGUUCAGAUUCUGGAUCGAGAGGUUAAGGUCUUGAGGAGGAAGACCAUUCCUUUGGUUAAGGUUCUAUGGCGGAAUUAUGGCAUUGAGGAAGCCACUUGGGAACCUAAGGACUCAAUUCGACAGCAAUACCUACAUCUGUUUGAACCAGGUAAAAUUUUGAGGCUGAAAUUUCUUUUAAAGAGGAAAGUUGUAAUGCCCUAA